CGCAGCGCUUCCCGCGGCCUCCAGCGCGCAUCCUCCGGCUCCGGGUGGACGGGCGGACCCGAGGUCACCGGCUCGGCGCGAGAGGGAGGCGGCCACGGCGGAGGAGACCUGCAGCCUGCGGGAUCCAGCCGGUCCCCGCUGGGAGAAGGAACCGCAGUGACCUAUGAUGAUGUGCACAUCAACUUCACUAAGGAAGAGUGGGAUUUACUGAAUCCUUCCCAGAAGAAUCUCUUCAAAGAUGUGAUGUUGGAGACAUAUAGGAACCUAACUACUAUAGGAUACAUUUGGGAAGACCUUAACACUGGAGAGCAUUGUCAAUGUUCUAGAAGACAUGCAAGGAUUGAAAGAAAUCAAACUGGAGAGAAGUUUUCAGUAUAUUCUCACUGUGGUAAAGACUUGUCUUAUAACACUCAUCUUCUAAGGAAUGAAAAAAUAAAUAGCAGAGAAAAAUGCUGUGAAAUUCAGCAAUGUGAUGAAGUUUUUUCUUAUCACAAUCAUCUUGAAUUGCAUAAAAGAACACACACCGGAGAGAAACCCAAUGAAUAUGCUCAAGAUGAUAAAGACUUUCUUUAUGAUACUCAUCAAAGUCAUAAACGAACACAUACUGGAGAGAAAUCAUAUGAAUGUAAUCUGCAUGGUAAGGUCUUUGCUGAUCACAGUCAUCUUCAAAAGAUUAAAAGAAUAUAUACUAGAGAGACACCCUAUGAAUAUAAUCAAUGUGGUAAACCCAUUGCUCAAUGUACUGUUUUUCAAACACAUAAAAGAAUACAAACUGGAGAAAAACCAUAUGAUUGUAAUCAGUGUUGUAAGGCCUUUGCACAUCAUAAUCAUCUUCAAUUGCAUAAAAGAACACAUACUGGAGAGAAACCUUAUAAAUGGAAUCAGUGUGGUAAGGCCUUUGCAGCUCAGAGUAGUCUUCAAACCCAUAAAAGAACAAAUACUGGAGAUAAACACUAUGAAUGUAAUCAGUGCAGUAAGGCCUUUGCAUACCACAGUAAUCUUCAAAGCCAUAAAAGAACACAUACUGGAGAAAAACCCUAUGAAUGUAAUCAGUGUGGUAAGGCCUUUGCACAACAUGGUACUCUUCAAAUGCAUAGAAGAACACAUACUGGAGAGAAACCCUAGGAAUGAUAUCUGUGUGAUAAGGCCUUUGCAGACCCCUGUACUCUUAUAAGGCUUAAAAUGUAACAUACUCUAGAGAUACCUGUGAAUGGAAUGUGCUAAUUUUUUUCACAGUCAUCUCCAAAUACAUUAUAUGAGCCCUUUUGUAGAGAAACUCUGAAGUUAAUUUGUGUAUUUUUCAAAAACAUGAGAAAAAAAAUCUUACUGUAAUGAAACUCUAUAAAUGAAUUCAGUGUCAUAAUGUUUUGUGCUUCACAGAAGAGUAAGACUUUGUGUGUAGUCAUCUGAGAAAGCUUGUGCAUAUUAUCAUAAUCUUUUGGACCUCAGGAAAAAACUGGUGGCUUAUUUUAAAUUGUUCUUUCAGAUGUUAAGCCACUUACAGUCAGUUAAUCAAAAUCAGUUAUUGUGUAGAAAAAAGUUUCAUAAUGUCAACAACUUGUUUAUGCAUCAUUAUACCUCUCUUUAUUUUAGUUUGAAUCAGCAAAGUAAUGGAUAAAACCUUAUUGGUUACAGGAAGGGUGUUCCAACUUUGGUCUUCAAACCAGAGCCAAAGGAAAGAACUUUGUCUCUGAAUCUAGAACUGGAUAAUGAAACAACAACUCCCUGAAAAUAGCCAAAACAUUAAAAAGGCCCAGUGAAAGAAACACAAUUUGGCUCUCAAACCAGAACCAUAAAAUCCUAAAAAGUUUCAACAAUUUUUUUUAAGCUCAAAGGAUACCAUUAACUGAAAUUUGAGAGGCAUGAAGAGUCAAACCUCCCAUAUGUUUACUUGUAUAUUUUGUAUAAAAGUAACCUUAGAAGUUGGGGGUAUAAUUAUGGUUAUCAGAAGAUUGGGAGUGGUCAUCAGGAAGGUAGAUAGAAGGUGGUUACAAGGAAUAUUUUCUGAAAAAGAAAGAUGUCUUGAAGUAAUAAAUGAUAGUAACAUUACCCUUAACAGUAGCCACAAAUAUAAAAUAUUAUGGAAUUGCCAACUAGAGAAGUGAAAGGACUGUAGGAAAAGAAUAUUAAAUCCUUAAAGAAGACACCAGAGAAUGGGAAGAUGUCCCUUGCCCUUGUUAAUUAGAAAUCAACAUAGCAGUCUAAAGGCUCAAUACCAUUCCCAUGUAAAUAUCAGAAAAAUUCUCCAGAGAUCUCAAAAUAAAAACAAUCAACUUCAUAUAGAAAAGCCAAAAAAAAUGCAGGAUAGCCAAAACAAUCCUACAUAAAAAAUAAUUUCUGGAGGCAUCAUAUUUCAUGACUUCAGAUGACUACAGAGCUACAGUACUGAAGAGAGCCUGGUGUUGGCACAAAAACAGAUAGGAGGACUAAUGGAACUGAUUCUAAGACCCAGAUAUCAAUCCACUCGUGAUUUUUGACAAAGCACCAAAAACUAUAAAAUGGAGAAAACAUAUUUAACAAGUGGUGCUGGCUUAACUGAAUAUCAGUGUGGGAGAGAAUGAAAGUAGAUCCACAUCUAUCAUCAUGAACAAAACUCAAGUCCCAAUGGAUCAAAGACUACAACAUAAAGACAAACACACUGAACUACAUAAAACAGAAUAUUGGAAGUACACUUGAACACAUUGGUAAAGAGGACCACUUUCAAAUUAUAACCCCAGGCAUCACAGACACUGAGAAAAAUAAUAAAUGAGAUCUCCUGAAGCAAAAGUUUCUGUAAAACAAAGGACAUGAUCAACAAUACAAAAAAAAAUUUUUCUGUAGUAUGGGAAAAGAUAUUCACCUACCUCACAUUGGACAGAAGACUGAUCUUCAGAACAUACAAAGAACUUAAAUAACUGGUAUCAAAAAACAGAAUACUCCAAUAAAAAUGGAGUACAGACCUAAAUAAAAAACUUUUAGCAUAUGAAUCUAAAAUGAGCGAGAGACACUUAAGGAAAUUUCCAAACUACUUAGUCAUUAGAGAAAUAAAAAUUAAAACAAAUCUGAUAUUCCUCUUACAUCUGUAACAAUAGGCAAGAUCAAAACACUGAUGACAAUUUAAGCUGGAGAGGAUGUGGAGUUAAGGGAACACUCCUCCAUUGCUGAUGGGGUUACAAACUGAGUCAGCUACUUUGGAUAUCAGUAUGGUUAUUCCGUAGAAAAUUAGGUAGCCACCUGUCUGGUUGUGAGGCAUGGCUUUAAUACCUGCGCUUGGGAGGCAGAAAUAGAUCUCUGUGACUUCAAAGCCAACCUGGUCUACAAGAGCUAGUUCCAGGACAGGCUACAAAGCUAAAGACAAACCUUGUCUUGGAAAACCAAAACUUAAAAAAAAGGAAUGAAAGAAAAUUAGGAAACAACUUAUCUUAAAACCCAGUCAUGCCCUUUGGAUAUGUACUCAAUGGAUGCUCAAUCAUACCACAAGGACAAAUGCUCAACUGUGUUCACAGCAACAUUGUCAGAGCCAGAACCUGAAAACAACCCCUCCACUGAAGAAUGGACAAAGAAAUUGUGGUAUAUUAACACAAUGGAGUACUACACAGUGGAUAAAAACAAUUGCAUCUUGAAAUUUAGGUGCAAAUUUAUGAUCUAGAAAAUAUAAAAGAGUGAGUUAACCCAGAACCAGAAAGAAAACUAUAUGUACUCACUCCUAAGUGGCUUUUAGACAUAAAACAGAGGACAGUCAGCCUACAAUUCACAAUGCCCAGAACAUAUACAACAAAGAGGAAACAACAGAGACAUACAUAAAUCUAUUCUACAUAGGACAUAGAGAAAGACAAGACCUUAGUAAAUUUGGAACAUGUGAAUCAUGGGAGAAGGGGAGGGAAAAGGAAAGGAGAGUAGUGGAUAAAUAUAUAGUUGAAUAAAAACAAUUAAAAAAAUCCUUGAUACACAGCUGUCCAUGGGUGAAUUAUAUAAAGUGAUAGUAUAAAACGAAUAACUGAAAUAUGGAAUUUUGCUUAAUUUUGUAGCUGAAUAAAAUACUUCCUCUUGCUAAGGCAAA